AUGGAGGGAGUGCAGGGCAGAGUCACCCCAUUGGUCCAGCCUCGCACGCAGCGUCGUGUCCGCCAAUGGGCGGUGGCCUGGGCGGGGCGGCAGCGCUCGGGCGCCUGGAGCAGUGGCUGCGUGGCUGCUCUUGUAGACCAGCCUUCGACGGCACCUCGAGUGUGUGUAGGGCCUGCCGGAAGGCAGAGGACACGCGGAAUCCUGUUCGGAGCCAUGUCUCAGCCGGAAGCCGGCUCCAACGCCUCCUUCUGGAUCGUUGCUUCCCAGCGGGGCGCGGCGUUGCCUCGGUCUCCGGAAAGCAGGCGGGUGGAGGAGCCGAGCCAAGGCGGUCGCAGAGGCCAGAGGGCCGGCGGACGUGGCUGCUGGAGGGGCCCCUCUGGCCUCCAGCAGCCCGUGGGCGCUGGUUUCUGGGAGCCACCCCUCUCCUUCGGGCUGAAGAACGACUGGGUGGGCACGGUGAUCGGUCAUGGUGGGUCAAAAAUAAAAGAGAUCCAGAGCUCAACAUACACCAAAAUACAGAUAAUAAAAGGGUACCCUGAAGCGGAAGUGAGAAUUUUUGGCACCAAGGCAAUGCAGAACAAAGCGAAAACACUGAUAGAUAAUCUUGUUAAAAAACAAGAAGACUGCAAAACAGAACCCAAACUUAAUGUUGCUGCUGUCCAACCUUCGAAUGGAAAAGAUGCAAGGAAAGAUGUUUCAGGAAAUCAUAAACUGGUUGAUUGGGAUAAGUUCCGAGAAAAUAUUUUGAAAUGGAGUGAAAAGAAGUGGGCAGGUUUACCUCCGAUUAAGAAAAACUUUUAUGUGGAGUCAGAAACAACAAGUUCAAUGUCACAAGACCAAGUAGACAAUUGGAGGAAGGAAAAUUAUAAUAUAACAUGUGAUGACUUGAAAGAUGGUAAGAAACGUCCUCUUCCCAACCCUACUUGUGAUUUUGAGGACGCAUUUCACUGCUACCCUGAAGUUAUGAGAAACCUUCAAAAGGCAGGUUUUCACAAGCCAACACCAAUUCAGUCACAGGCAUGGCCAAUCAUUCUCCAAGGAGUAGAUCUCAUAGGAGUAGCCCAGACUGGAACAGGGAAGACAUUGUCCUACUUAAUGCCUGGAUUUAUUCAUAUUGACUCACAGCCUGUAGCCAGGAACGGGCCCGGCAUGUUAGUCCUCACCCCCACUCGAGAAUUAGCUUUGCAGGUGGAAGCUGAGUGCUGUAAAUAUUCGUAUAAAGGUCUUAAAAGUGUUUGUAUAUAUGGUGGUGGCAAUAGAGAUGGACAAAUAAGAGACUUAUCGAAAGGUGUAGAUAUCAUUAUUGCCACUCCCGGAAGACUCCACGACCUACAAAUGAGUAACUUUGUGUACCUGAGGAGCGUAACCUACCUGGUAUUAGAUGAAGCUGACAAGAUGCUGGAUAUGGGGUUUGAACCCCAGAUAAUGAAGAUUUUGUUAGAUGUGCGCCCAGACAGGCAGACAGUUAUGACAAGUGCAACGUGGCCAUAUGCUGUCCGUAGACUCGCACAAUCUUAUUUGAAAGAGCCCAUGAUUGUGUAUGUUGGUACUUUGGAUCUAGUUGCUGUAAGUACUGUGAAGCAAAAUAUAAUUGUCACCACAGAAGACGAGAAACGAUCGCAUAUCCAAGCUUUCAUUGAGAGCAUGUCUCCCAAAGAUAAAGUCAUAAUAUUUGUUAGCCGGAAAGCUGUGGCUGAUCAUUUAUCUAGCGAUCUGGGUAUCCAGCAUAUAUCAGUAGAGUCUCUGCAUGGCAACAGAGAACAGAGUGAUCGAGAGAGAGCAUUAAAAAACUUUAAAACAGGCAAAGUGCGAAUACUGAUUGCUACUGAUUUAGCAUCUCGUGGGCUUGAUGUCCAGGAUGUCACUCACGUCUAUAAUUAUGAUUUUCCCCGGAACAUCGAAGAAUAUGUGCACCGAGUAGGGCGCACUGGGAGAGCAGGGAGGUCUGGGAUAUCUAUUACCCUUAUCACUAGAAAUGAUUGGAAGAUUGCCAGUGAAUUAAUUAAUAUUCUGGAAAGAGCUAAUCAGAGUGUCCCAGAGGAUCUUGUGGUGAUGGCUGAGAGAUAUAAGGCAAAUAAACUGAAGAAGGAAAUGGAAAACAAAUUGGGAAGACCCCAAGGAAAACCCAAGAAGUUUUAUUACUAA